AUGACGACCCAGAACCAGGCCCCUGAACGCAAGGUCCUCGAGUGUCCUCGCUGUUUCAAACAGAUCAUGGGCGCGAGCAACCUCAUGGCCCAUCUAAGAACCCACACCGGUGAAAAGCCCUUCACAUGCGACAUAUGUCUCAAAGAUUUCUCUCAACGAGGCAACCUAAUCAUGCACAAGCGACUCCAUACAGGAGAGCGUCCCUUCAAGUGUGAGGAGUGUGGUCGUACCUUCACUCAGAAAGGAAACCUGAAGGCACACAUGCGCUGCCACACUGGAGAGACGCCGUACGAGUGCCAGUACUGCCCCGCACGUUUUUCGCAGCACAGCAGCCUCAAGUCACAUCUCAGGAACCACUACAACGAACUCGAACAAAUAAUUCAGCAGCAGCACCAACAUAAGCAGCAAGGGUCCCUGGUGGUGACGGAGGUUACGAAGCUGUUGACCCAUCCGCCGCAGAACCCCGCAGAAGAGCUUCAGCGACGCUUGGUGAUCUCGGCUUUACAGCAGCACCAAUUCCCUCCGCAGUUGGGCAUUGGCCAACUGACCAACCCCCAGUCGGAUGCCGACACGAAUACCCACGAUACUCAGAAUAUGAUCGAAAAAUCACUUUCAAUAAGCGAGAGCGAAGGCGAUCCUGACGCCGAUGAAGAUCUCGAUCCAUCCGAGGAACGUAGUGACCCACAAUGCCGACGCCAUGAAAGUCCAAGUCCACUGGGCAGUCCCGAAGAGAUUCGAGACAAACGACAGCUCGACGAAGAAGAUUCGUCUCAACUUCACAAGAAAUUCCGAGGCGCCAACAGGAACUCGAGCUCACCACCAAAUGAAGACUCGGAGAGUUUCAAACUCACCGAAAACCGCGAUGCUCCCUCUAGUCACGAUUCUCCCAGGAAAGACAACGCAGACUCUACCUCCAGCCAAGACUAUGCGAUCCCCCUCGUAGUCAGCAAAAGCCCACCGAAUUCAUUGCUAGAUUUCAUCAAUCAUAACGGCACCAAACGGGUCAAAUCCGAACCCGAUUUCAAUACAUCCCAACUGCUCGGUUACCCGAGCGAGCUUUUCGCAGCUUCUUUCGCAACCGAUGUUUCCAUAGACAUGUUCAGAUCUUCGUUGUGUUUAGCGAGAUCCAUGAUCAGGGCGUACGGGCCUUCCCGCGCGGGAGACUUGAAGGAAUUGGCGAUACACGAAGAAUGGCUCUCCGUAUGGGCGUACACUACACCAAAAUUACGUCGUCGGGUCCUAAAUCGAAUUAUUGAGCUCUCCUACAUAGUCACCAAGUAG